CCUUUUUCUCCUCACCUCAUUUCACGCUCAGAGCUCGAAACACGCAGAUUCUCAAGAAGUUGAUGAGAAGCAUAAACGUUUGAAGUUGGACGAAGCUGAAGACUUCACAGGUCACAAUGAAGACUCUGGUGUUUGUGUCUCUCGUGGGAUUAUUCCUCCACGACACGACGGCAGAGAUGCACUCUCUGAAGAAUUUCUACACAACGUCUUCUGAAGUCCCAAACUUCCCAGAGUUUGUGAUUGUUGGGAUGGUUGAUGAUAUUCAGGUAGAAUACUACGACAGUAACACCAAGAGAGUAGAACCCAAACAGGACUGGAUGAACAAAGUCACAGAAGACAAAGCUGACUACUGGGAGAGGCAGACUGAGACAGCUGUGUUUUACCAGCAGGGCUUCAAAGUCAACCUUGACAUUUUAAAGCGGCUCUUCAACCAAACUGGAG